CUUCGGCAAUUUCGCCAGUCAAGCUGGAGUUAACCAUCUACCGACAAUGGGGUCCACCCCCAUGGUUGACGCCGUCCGUGGCAUUACCCUCUGCAUGGCUAUCUUGUGUACGAUUGUUUGCUGUCUACGGUUGUAUAUGCGCCGUUUUGUCGUGAAGUCAUUCAACGUUGACGACUACCUCGUGAUAGUCGCUUUGAUCCUCGUCAAUGGUUUCUCUGCCCUCGCAUACACAAUCAGCUACUACGGCCUGGGCGACCACCAAGCCGACGUUAUCGCGAGGGGAGACCUAGUCACCUGGCUGAAGAUCUACUACGCCGCCCUCUGCAGCUACCUGGUAGUAGCCGCCGCCGUAAAGCUCAGUCUAACGACCUUCAUAAUGCGCGUCUUCCCACAGCGCUACGUCCAGCGCACGGGCUAUGCAAUCAUAUUCUUUAUCGUCGCCUUUACAGUCUCAGGCGAGCUGAUCCUGGCCUUCCAAUGCAAGCCCGUACGCGCCUUCUGGGACAAGACAAUCAUUACGGCACAAUGCUUCUCGAACGACACGCUCUUCGCAAUCACAAUGUACCAGGGUGUGCUUAUGUUCGUCUGCGACAUCGUCAUCAUCGUGCUCCCGAUGCCGGCAAUCUGGGGCCUGCAGAUGGCACUGAAGAAGCGACUGCUCGUGCUUUUUUUGUUUAGUUUUGGGGUUAUCGCCUGUGUUGCCGCCCUAGUGCGGUUUUCGACACUGGUGUAUACAAAAGACACAACAGAUAUGACUUACUCAGCAGCAAUGUCCCUAAUCUGGAUGGAGAUCGAAUUUAAUUUCGGACUCCUCGCGGGCUCACUCGGCUCACUCCGGAAGCUUUUCAAGAUCAAAUCCAUAUUCAGCAGCGGGCAGCGAUACGGGUCCUCGCGACGGUACGAGCUGGACGAUAUCCGCGGUACCGGCAGUGGGUCUGCACCAACCCACGAUAAUCGGCGCGCGUGGAAGAAAGGCGGGGGAAUUCUCAGGUCCUACGAGGUUACCUCGACGGUUGAUAGGGAUCCUCUGUAUGAUGAGUUUGAGGGGAGGGUUGGUAGGAGGCCGGAUAGCCAGGAACAUAUUAUGCUGGAGAAUGGGAAUGGGAUGGUGUAUGGGCAGGGGGAUCCGAUCAGGGUCCAUAUUAGGGCGGCAGGGUCGUGAGGACUUGAGGGUUAAAAAGCAUGAUUUAGUGACUACUGAGCCAACUAGGUUGGAGGUUUAUAAAAGCAAUCAAAGAGCCCAUUCAUCUUGAAG